AUGGCGGUGCAAGUGCAAGCGAGGUUUGGGGCAUGGAACAAAAAUGCAAUAGGAAUAGUUAGGGGUUCAAGCGACGAAGAUAAAGUGAAAGUGAAAGAGGCAGUAGAGUGGUCACCUGCGAAGGAAUUGGCCACGAAAUUUGAGCGGCGGCUUCUUGUGGGUUUGUCGCCACAGAAUGGUCGUAACUUGAAGCUAGACGUGCUUUAUCCCAUAGGCGGUUACACCCGUUACGUUGACGCCAGGGAGGGGUUCGAAUUUAUAUACCCGAAGAAUUGGGUUGGAGAUCAGACAUUGCUGUAUCGAGCUGCUAAAAAAAGAGAAAUGGAACUAUCAUUGGAUCCUCCACCGCUGAAUUUACGGCCACGUUCUAAUGUCACGGAACCUGUUGUUGCAUUUGGUCCCCCGGGUUCCAACGGUGAACUCAAUCUUAGUGUUAUUGUUUCGCCAGUUUCGGGAGACUUCUCGAUUGAAGCAUUUGGAAGCCCGCAGGAAGUUGGGGAAGCUGUAAUUCGAACCAUAACAGGAUCAGGACAGCGCCAGGACUUAAAGGGAACAUUGAUAGAAUCAAGUUUGAGAGAAGAUCCUGCUAGAAAUGCCAAAUACUAUGAGCUAGAAUUCAAAGUUGAAAGCCCCUCUUUCCGGCGACACAAUGUUUGUGUCUGCUGUGCUCGUGGUGGUAGGCUUUUUACGUUAAAUGCCCAGGCACCGGAAUCAGUCUGGCCUGGGUUGAAGUCAGGUUUCUAUACAAUUGCUGAUUCGUUCAACCUCACAAGUUAG